GAGACUAUGAGUUUUCAAACAUACACAACUAGCACAACUUACUAAAGUCAAAAUGACUCCUCUAUUUGUGCUAGGCUACAUUAUCUACACCACCAUCACUUCCACCAUACUAUCACUCCUCCUCUUCCUCCGCCUCCUCCUCCGCCGCAUCUCCUCCAUACGAGCCUCGGAGGAGAUCGGAAAUGUCAUCGCACUAUACGAAGGCACCGUCUAUCACGAGCGGCGCCACCCGGCCCGCAAUGCCUUCCGUUUCCCGGCCCGUUACGCGCUCAUCGACCUCGACCGCCCGCCCUACUCGCCUCCCAACUACCUCUCCGCCGACGAUGCUCGACGUGCCGCCAAGACGAAUGGGCCCGUCCAUCUUCUGAUGAUACCACCAAGCCUUGGAUAUGAAAGAAGUCCAGUUAAUUACUAUUAUUGCUAUGAAAUUGAAGGCUCCACCAAAACUCUCAAGAAAUGCCUUGUUGAGGCCAGCAAUACACCAUGGGGUGAAAGUGUGACAUUUGUGUUCAACCCAAGCUCUGAUUUAGUCCCAAAAUCUGAGUACAUUAGCCCAUUCAUGGAUAUGCUUGGGAGCUGGAGGCUGAAAGUAAGCGAACCCGGUGAGAAUCUCUUUGCGUUCAUCGCAGUCGAGCACCCUCACCUCGGCACCUACUUCCGAGCCUCCUUCACGGCCACGAAGGUCGCGACCCCAUCGCCCGUUUCAUCGGAUGAUCUCGAAGCAUUCUUCUGGUUGAUGCCUCAUCGAGUUUCGAUCAUGGCCUAUUGGAACGCUGUGAAGCUGUGGUGGAAAAAUGUUACCUUCUUUGAUCAUCCGAGAAAAGAAAAUCCAUCGUAUAGAGACGAAGCGAUUGGACUCGAUGAAAAGAUGCAGUUUUGUCCCAUUUUUGGAGGUAAUAAUAAAUGGAACAAGCUGCGAUGUGAAGAAAGAAUUGAUCGCUGCUUCACUUGGAAGGAUGCUAAGAGACCUUGGUCGUACCUCAUUUCUUACACUGGCAAAAUUUUGUAGACUACGAUGUGAGAAUGAGAAUUGAUAUGAACAAGUCAGUAAAAUCUAUAAGUAAGCUACUUGGGUUCAAAUCUUGGAGGAGAGAAAAAUUCACCGUAUUAUAUGAAUACGUUAUUUAUGUAUUAUAAGCAGUGCUUAUUCAUGAAUUUAUAUUAGCUUAUUCUGUAUAUGAACAAACACAUAAAAUAUAUGAACAAGAGAUUG